UUUCCCGCGUCUCUCCCAGUCCGCUGUGUGUCCCGGGAGCCGGAGUCGCAGAGCUGUGAUGAGCGCGGUCCCCCCCAGACGCCCCGCCACCGUGCCACAGCCGGGUCCCCAAGGGAGACGCAGUAAAAACUUCAAGAAGCACUACCCCAGUAGCACCCUGCACACCUCCAUCUGACCCGGGGCCAGGGGCGGAGGGGAGAGGAGGAGGAGGAGGAGGCGACAGCAGGCAUCAUGGCUUCCCCUGUGCAGACAGGGGCAGUAACCGGCUCUGGCCAGGAGGGGGAGCCAGAGAUCAAGCCCCCCGUGUUGAACCCCCAGGCCCAGAAAGAGGGACCAGAAAGGGAGGGGAUGGUGGAGGAGGUAGAGGGGGAGGAAGGCUUGCCCCCAGCGGCCAAACUGCCCCGACUCGGCAACGGAGAGGAAGUGCCCUCAGUGGUCCUACCUGCUCUAGAGGGAGGUACCGACGAGAUUGGGAUCGCUUUGACCUCUGACCCCAGGGCACCUGAGGACCCCGGUUCCUUGCCUGAAGGCGUCGACUCGGGUCGUGACCCUUCGCCAGCGCCGGCUGAGGCAGUGUCGCCCCAGCCUGACGCGGCCCCGGGCGUGAGUGCAGCUGCUGAGCAGAACGGACAGAGCCGGGAGCCCCCAGAUGCCGAGGAGGAGAGGGGGAGUGGGACCGAGUGCAUCUCUGAGGAGCAACAGGGCUAUAGCCUGGGGUUCGAGUUCAGCCAGAACCCGCAGAUGUUAACAGGAGCCUGGGCGGAGUACGCCAGCACCCCCGAGAACUACCUCAAGGGCUGCAAAUGGGCUCCGGACGGCACCUGUAUCCUGACCAACAGCGCCGACAACGUGCUGCGCGUGUACAACCUGCCCCCGGAGCUCUACAGCCAGGAGUGGGACCUGCUGCCCGAGAUGAGCCCUGUGCUGCGGAUGGCCGAGGGGGACACCAUCUACGACUACUGCUGGUACCCCCUCAUGAGCUCCCUGGACCCCGACACCUGCUUCAUAGCCAGCAGCAGUAGGGACAACCCAAUUCACAUCUGGGACGCCUUCUACGGUGACCUCCGCGCAACCUUCAGGCCCUACAACCACCUGGACGAGCUGACCGCCGCCCACUCGCUGUGCUUCACCCCGGACGGCGCCCAGCUCUUCUGCGGCUUCGAUAAGAUGGUGCGCGUCUUCGAGACCUCGCGCCCCGGCAGGGAGUGCGAGAAGAGGCCCACCCUGGUGAAGAAGCAGGGUCAGAGUGGUAUAAUCUCCUGCCUGGCGUUCAGCCCAAUGCAGCCAGUGUACGCCUGUGGCUCCUACUCCCGGACAGUGGGGCUGUACUCGCUCGAGGAGGGCAUCCCCAUCGCCGUGCUCACCGGCCACCAGGGCGGCGUCACUCACCUGCUCUUCUCCCCCGAGGGGAACUUGCUCUACACCGGGGGGCGCAAGGACCCAGAGAUCCUGUGCUGGGAUCUGCGGGAACCGGGCCGGGUUCUGUUCUCUCUGCGCCGGACCGUCGCCACCAACCAGAGGAUCUACUUUGACCUGGACCCGUGAGUCUGAGCACGGAUA